UUCCGGCUGGUGUGGAGUUGCUCUGAUCACAGGCAGACUGCUAAUGUGCUGACAGAAGGACAGAGAGCUGAAAAGGUUGUUAAAGCUCAGACACACACUGGCCUCAGAGACAACUUGGCAAACUUGAUUUUAGAAUUAGAAUAUUAAUGUAUGACAUGUUGGCUCUCUGUUCCAAGACAGUUAGGCUACACUCUAGUUAGAAUACAAAUGAGAAUGUUGUUGUCGUGAUUGGUGUUUGGUGCAAACAUAGAAGCUAGUUUGGCAGCCACUGUACUGUAUACUGUCUCUAUAGGCCUACUGUGCUCUGUCGAACACUAGUUUGCUGCUACCACUGCUCAAUACUUCUGUCUCAUACUGUAUCUCCAUUUGUUCAGAGAGUAGUUCUCUGUGUUGACCACUGUUGACUGUGUUCUCCCCACCGACUAACCGUCCACAGAGGCACAAGGUGUCCGGAGGUCUUUCACUAGGAAGACUAAUUACAUUUAAGUCAAUGCUUUAGGUUUUACUUGACCUUCUACUGAUAAGGACGUAUGCUGUGUACCACUGUGUGUGUUCUCACACUACACCGUACCUACGGUGCCUCGUUAGGCACUCUCUGUCUCCCUAUGCUGGACUGCUGCCAGGCAAUACCAAGUACGAAGACGCGGUAUUAUUCACAUGCGUGCCGAAUACUUUCUUUGGAGUUUUAGUUGAGGAGUUUGUCAGGUGUGACUUGGGGAAAGAUAGAGCAGGGGAGAGGACGGGUUUCUCUCAUGACUCUUCCUGAUUAGGGUUAUUCCUUGUUGUCUUGGAUUGCUGUCUUUUGGGGGCUUUGGGUUGCAUGGUUUAAACCUCCACAGUAGACAGGGACAAUGAACCUUUGACACAGUGCUUUAUCUAUGAAUAUGUUUCCUGCGUUCUAUUGUCUAAUCUGUACUGUGUCGAAGACUACUGGGGUCAUGUCGGAUCAGUGAACCACUGUCCAGUGUCUAUAUGUAGAUGGCAGAAUGUGUAUUACUAGUCGCCACGGUUUGGACAAAGUGCAUCGAAAUAGAACGUUUGAUGGCUCAACUUACUUGCACCCCUUUUAGUGCACAUCACACUUGUUUCCGCACACCUGUGCCCUCUUGGCUCAGUAACAGAUCAUCGUUGUCUCAUUCCUCUCCAUUGACUAGUGACGCAACAUGAUUGUGCACAAUGAGGUUUUUACACACUUCUCUGAAGCUGAUAUGCCUCUACUGCCCUCAUGUGGCAGAUGAGAGAAAUUACGGUGUUAACCCCAUGAUUUUCACAUGUUGCUGUGUAGACUAGAAAGACCUGUAAGCGAGCUGACCACGCACAGUGGCACCAGGGAAGAGAAAGGACAUGAAUGUAUCAUCUCGUUAUUAACCAGUAUUUCUUUCAGGACACCAGUGCUUGCCGGAUAUUUGUGGGUCCUUGAGUUUCACAGAAAUAUAAGACAUACACUGUAGGUCUCACUGCACCCUUACCUCUCUCUAGGAUCCUCGCCCACCCCCUUGCCUACCUUUACCCUCUGGGUACCCCACCAGUCAAUGUGCUCUGACCUCUGACCUUUAUAACCUUCUGACCCUUACCGAUCUCUCCUCUCCUCCCUCUCACCCCAACCUGUGAGGACCCCUGAGCAUAGCUGUCCUCCAUUGUGCCUGUGUAGAGUUCCCCGGCUGAUCUUAUUUCAUGUUUGGUACGAGGAAGAGGAGGAAGGUGAGAUUAAGGGCACCAUUGUGUUCUGCCUGCAGGCUGAACACGCAGGAACACGCACGUACUACUUCGGCGCUGAGACUGCCGAGGAACAGGAGGAGUGGAUCGACGCUAUGAACGAGGCUGCACACGUCCAGAUACCGCCUGCACAGAGGUCCACACAAGCACACACAUGCAUGACCACCAACUCCGAGGCCACCACGCCCACAGCAGAACUCCAUGGUAACACCUUGGUAACCAAAGGACCUGAACCACACACCCAGACGCACACACACAUUGAGGACAACGGCCAGACGACUGAACUCCUAGACCCAGAGCGCGGAUCACGAGAACCCGCACAUCACAAGGUCAACGGGGUCGACGCCAUGGAAACGCCCCCUCCCUCUACCAGCCAUUCAGAAAAGGACGGGAGGAUGGUGGGAGAGAGAGGGGAGAGGGGGGAGAGAGGAGUGCUUGGACCUGGGGGUGCACCCCAUUACCAGCCCAAUGGGUGGGGCACCUACGGACCCCCAAACUAUGGAAACGGACCACCCCAGGGUAACGGGAGGCCACCCCAGGCACCUCCAGAGGGAGGGAUGAGAGAGGGGAGGGAGGUGAGGGAGCAGCCUGAGAACGUGGUGCUGAGACGGGGUUUCGUGCCACGGACAAACCCUGAAAGACAGGCCCAGAGGAAGAGCUCCAUGACUCAGCUACAGCAGUGGGUCAACCAGCGCAGAGUCAUAGCUGUACAGGAGGACUUGAACAGUCCAUCUCAUUAUUACACAGUGAACCGUGGCGUACCAGCUGACUACUACAGCGUCUACAGUAGCGUGGGGGGCGGUCCGGGCUAUGUGGAGGAGUACCCCCUCUACCCUCCAGGCGUACGCCCUGACAGCAUCUGCUCCGUGUCAGCCGUGGGCUACGACCACAUGGGCCCCCCUCGCUGGACCAACGAUGAGAAGAGACGCUCACUGCGGGACGGGCCCCUCUUCAGACCCCCGCCCCUCCGAGACCCAUACGGCCCCCCACCCAGCCCUGCCUAUUACGGCCAGAUGGAUGCAGCCCAGACCGCCAUGAGGCGUCUGUCCAUCCAACCUAGGUCUAGGUCCGUUCCCAGGUCCCCCUCCUCGUCCACGGGUGGUCCCUACUCUCCCAGCCCCCAUAGCUUUGCCUCGCCUAUCUGCUCACCCUCGGCCCGGUUUGAUAGAGGACCAGGCAGGCUACGGGAGGAUGUGAUCUACGCUGACCCCUCUGUGUAUGGACUGAGGAGAUCACUGAGCUCUCCCAAGUAUGAUUACCCUGGAGACAGGAGGUCGCUAAGCCAAGGAAUGUACCACUACAACUACCCUGCCUCCCCCUCUCUCCACAGCAAAAUGGAGGACAUGUUAGACCUGCAGCUCCAGAGAAACCUGGAGUACCUCGAUCAACAGGUGCCUCCGUUCCAUGACCCAUACAGGGAGCUUCACCCCACACUGAAACUCAAUGAGAUUGAGACCAGCAAACUCUUGGGUCGUCUGUGUGAGCAAAACAGGUUUCUAAAGGACCAGGAGGCAGUUGUUCACAGGCUGAGAAUGGACAAGGACAGCCUAGAGGGAGCACUGGUGGCCACACAUCAGGAGAUGGAGCUGUACCGGGGUCAGCCGCUGGUUGCAGACAAACUACAGCUGAAGAAGGAGACACUGCAGAACCAGCUCAUCAACAUCAGAGGAGAACUCUCCCAGGCAUCCAGCGCUCUGACCACCACACGGAUGGAGUUUGAAGCUCUGGAGGACGAGGUCAACGCUAUCCAUGGGGACCUGUGGGAGCAGCUCAACGCAGGCGGGCAGAGUGAGAUGGUCCAUAGACACAUUCAGAAGGAGUUCUGGAGAGUUCAGGAAGUGUGGGAGGGGCUCCACAAGAGCAACCUUUCCAGAGGCACAGACACAGCAAAACACAGGGUGGCCAGUGGGGCAUCAGGUUCCUUUAGCACCAAUAGUCCUGCCAGUCCCCUGAGUUCAGUAAGCCUCACCAGUCCACUCAGCCCCUUCUCCCCAGUGCCCGGCUCCCAGGCUUCCCCCACCAAACAGCUGGGUCCGGAGGACAUUGGCCCGCCACGGCCACCACUUCCCAAAUCCUACUGCCCCCUGGAAUCGCCCCCCUCCAUCCCCCCUCUGCCGUUCGACAGCUCUGCCUGGCCACGCAGCCUGGGUCUGGAGGACGGUUACAUUGACGAUGAAGAGUCCCACAGCAGAAAGCAAAAGUAUGGUUACCGACAGGAUGUGUCACCGGGAGAACGGACCAAUAGCAACGAAGCUCAGGAGAUGGAUCAGGAUCGACAGGCCAACAUGAAUAAAGUGGGGAUUGUUCCUCCCAGAACGAAGUCUCCCAUGGAGGACCAGGGCCACUCCUACGACCAUGGAAUCACCCGACGCAACGGCAAAGUGCCCAAUGGAAUCUCCAGGGAGCGCCCGAAGAGUGCAGUGUUCCCUGCUGAGGUGAAGUCCAAGAUGAGCAUUGAGGAGCAGAACGAGCGUAUCCGUAGGAACCAGAGCAGCUCUGUCAGGGACAAGAGACGCAGUCUGAACCUGGGUAGCCAGGCAGGCACAAACUACAGAGUGGUGAAGCGGAGGCUAACAGCCCAUGAGGUGGACAUCAAGGACCUGGAGGCUGCAGUACGGGGCGAGGGGGUGCUGGAAUCACCAAGGGAGGAGAUUGCUCGCCUCAGACGGUUACAGAUGGAACCUGACCACUACGACCUGGACAUCGGCAAAGAGCUUUGUGCUCCAGACAAGGUUCUGAUCCCGGAGCGCUACCUGGAUGUGGAGCCCAACACUCCUCUCAGCCCAGAGGAGCAGAAGGAGAAACAGAAGAAAGUAGAGAGGAUCAAGACUCUCAUUGCCAAAUCAAAUCUCCAGAAUGUGGUUCCCCUAUUGGACGGUCCUACUGAGGGGGGCGGUCCUCAUCACCAGGGCAACCCAGAGCAGAAGAUCCAGGAGCAGGAGAAGAGGAUCGAGAUCUCCUGUGCUCUGGCCGCCGAGGCCUCGCGACGCUCCCGCCUGCUCUCCGCCCAGUGCGCCCCCAGUCUCCCCGCCUCCCCGACCAACCUGGCCCCUCCCCCGUCCUCCACCGACUUCUCCGACUCCGUUCACAUCAUGAAGGUGUGAGUCUGUGAAGCUCAAGCUCUGGCUGCCGUCAAGUUUGACGGAGCGUCCUUCUGAGGAUCCACUGGAAUAUAAAAAAAAAUGCCCAAAGAAACUGGUUAAUCUCCCAGACCACCUGCCCGCCGGUGUAUAAACCCAAUGACCUCCACAACAACACCACCGGAAACAUGAAGCGGUCACAGGAAGUUUGGGAAGUUGACCACCUGAGGACUUUUUCAAGGCAAACAGACUAUGAUGGAGGCCCACACCUCCCACCACAAGGGGGUCUAUAAUGGCACCCUCCACUCUCUCUCUAUCCUUCACCACACUUACACAAUUCUUCUUAGUCUAGGCCAGGUAGAAAAUAGCUUCUCUAUAAGGGCAGGUAACGCAAACUAAACAAAUGCAAAUAAAACACAAUGCUGUCAUGUUUCACUAUUUUGGGGAUGAUGCAUUUGACACAGCAUUUGAUACUACUAAGCUAGCCAGAAACCAGGGGGUGUAUACAGCACUCAAACAUGCUCUCCUCCAUGCUACACUGACAGUGAGACUGUUUCAACAGUUUUUCUCCGUUACUCAGCUCAGGAAAGGUGUAUGCUAUAUAGAGAGAUUAGAAGGUCCACAGAGACUAGAAGCCCAGGACAGUAGAGUUCUGUGACUGAACGGUUCAGGAGGGGACUUAACGUACGUGAUGCACGGAUCUCUGUUAAGAUGAAGAGGGAUUAGGACUGCCGGAGCUGGACUUCAGGAAGAGGGACUGGGGAGUGAGAGCUUCUUAUUGGUGCAGAGAGCAGUAGAACCAAUCAGAGGCUGAUGUUACAGUGUAACAGGAAAUGGUCACAGAAGAGGAGGCGGACAGAUGGUAGUUCAAGAUCCAUAAAGAGAGAUAGGAGUGGGAACAGUAACAUAACAUAGGGUCUCCCAAACUCGAUCCUGGGGCCCCCCUGGGUGGACAUUUUGUUUUUUGCCCUAGCACUAAACAGCUGAUUCAGGAUCGAGUUUGGGGAAACGCUGACACAACAGGAAAUGGCCUCUUCAGAGCAAUGUUGUUUUGUCUCUGAUUGGCUCCCAGGUAAUUGUUUCAAACUCAGUUAAACAGCCCUUGCCCUUCGACUUCCUGGCGUCAUCUUCAGAGGCCAUUAUUAGUGGGAGAGCUGUACUGUAUGAAAGUACCCCCCCCCCCUCAAUACAGUGGUCGCAGGACAUUGGUGUACAGCAGUGUUUGCAUGAGUCUCCCUUCGAUUCCUUCCAACACCUCUCAUCCCAGGUGAGGAACACCCAUAUUGAACACCUAACCCACUGUGACGCCUGCCUCCCAACCUUUUCUCCAGGCUAGGCUACACCCCCUCUGUCCCCUUUCCCGUCCUACACCCAGGGCUGGUUGGGACCUAUAUGUGUACGUGUGUGACUGUGUGCAGGAAGACCUAUCCUGCCUCACUCUGAAACCACUGUUAGUUCUCUGGUAACUGUGUGUCUUGAUGUGAGUACAGCCCACACACCAUUGGCAUUAAAGCCAUUGGACUCCUCUUAGUUCUCUCACUGCUAUAAGACCUUACUUCAGUGGUACAGUAUGUCAAUAGAUACAUGUGUAGAUAAAAUCUCUCUAUAUCUACAUUUAUAUAUAUAUAUAUAUACAGUACAGUAUAUAGUAUGUGGAAAGAAGUCAGUAAAAAAAAGAAAAGAAGUGACCUUAGAAUAAGUCUGCUAGUUGAAACACUUGUUUGUGUUAAGAUGGGCCAGCAACCUGCAUCACAGCCAACUUACAGUGUGUACAUAUCAGAAAGCUAAAUGCAUCCUACAUGUAUCAUAUCCCUAAUAUUAUACAGUGCUAUGUUGAUGACUGAACCUUUUUUAGCAUAUAGAGAUCGUUUAUUCUGAUCAAUACGUUUUUACCUCUCAAAAUACAUCUAAUUAUUUUUCUAUGAACCAUCACUUCUAACGUGAUCAACCACUUUGGGUGAGAGAUAGAUAAGACACAGAAAUACAUAGACAUAUUGCUGUCCUGGUACAGGGUUGGAGGAACUCAUAUAUUAUACGCGUAUAUGACAAGUCACUCCACAUUCUAAGUGGAGGAUGUAUCAUGGUGCCGGUAUGUGCAACAUCCUCGUCGUCCUCCUGUCCUCUAAUAUAAGUUGCCGACCCAUCCUUUGCAUUUUGGCUGUCUCUUAAUAAGGAACAUUUUGUUUGUCAGUCGAUCACUGUUAGCGUCUCCAGAUUUAACCCGUGGCCCUCUGAAAGCGCAGCCCUUUCUAUUUCUGUCUUACAUUCCUCCCUCGCAAUCCACCCAUCUCUCCUUCUCUGUCUUUUUUCCUUCAUCCAUUCGUUUCUCCCCCUUUGUCAUAUUGGCUCAGAGGCAAUGCUGUGUCUGUAUAAGAGGAUGUCUUUCUUCAGACUCAAGCCAUCAUGUUUGGAGGCAAGGGAAACCUUUGUGUACACAUAGCAGAUUAUUAUUAAAAAAUGUUUUAAAAAAGUCUGAAGAAAAUAGUUAUAUUUUUUUCUUGUUUGAGAAAGGGACAACUAAGGUCAAAAGAUGCAGUACAUAUUUUUUUAGACUCAUGGGUAUUUGAUGACUAAAAUAAAGUUUCAGCCGACAGGUUACAUUUUUAGCAUGUAAUCAGGAAUGUUUAGCGUUUUUCACAAUAUUGGGGGAAAAUGAUUAUUGCUAAAAUAUUUUUUUAAUUUGCUUUUAAGAUUUGUCUUGAAGGCCCUGGUUUAAAGAUGAUUUUGAAAAUAUUGGUAUUUUUGGAACAAUUGGCCUCAUAAUGUGUUGAGAAACACAAAACAGCCAAAUACGGGGUGUCCAAUAUUUGAUAAAAAAUGUAGCAUUUAUGGCUAAUAAUGAUGUGGAAAGAUUUAGCACAUUGGUCUAUGUACAUAUUUCCCAUUUCAACUACGUAUAUCUUAAUAAUAACAACAUCAACUGUUGCUAUUUUGGCGAAAAUACACAAAAUGCUUGAACUAUGCAAAUAAAAAAGUGAAAAAUCAUAUGCUUGCUUUAGGAAAACCUUCUUGCAAUAAAGUGAAUGUAUACAAAUAUAUACAGUAUGUGUUUCUCUUUAGAUGUUUUAGGAAUAUUCCGCCGUACUUUCUAAGAAAAAUUAUAAUCAUAAUCAUUGAUAUUAUUACCGUUAUUGUUUUGAUCAUGUUAUUGAUGUUGAGUAUCACUGCCAAAAUAAUUAUACUACUGAUCAUCAUACUUUCUGUCUGUUAUAUUAAUAGACCUUUACUGACAAUAUCAUAAGGACUCAUUAUAUAAUAUGGACUCUGAUAUUAUAUCAUAAGGACUCUUAUAUUACUUUGUUAUAUUCUAUUCUAUGUGUAUGUCUGAUAAAUAAAUCUGAUGAUAUCAUGUA